GCUGGAGAACGCGAGGGUGUUAUCGCUCGGAUGAGAGAAAGGGGGCGCGAUUUUCGGGAAGCGGCCGUCGCUAAAAAUAGCCGUGCUUCGUGUGUAUACGUGUGUGUGUGAGUGUGUGUGCGCGCGCGCGGUAUGCAUUUAAACAUAGUUUUGGCAGGCGGAGAAACGUCAAACUGCCGCGGAGUGGCGAAGCGUGAGGAUCGCUUCGCGAAUUUCGCGCAGAGAGAUCUCGCGUCUCGCCGUCGCGUCGUCGGAAGAAGAGAACAAUUCUCCCAGCGGACUUUCGUCACCUCUAGAAAAGUUUCUCGUAAAAAAAAUUUCUUGCCACGAGCCUCUCCGUAUUCACGAUUUGUUUUGAAAAUUCGGUUCAUUCGACAGAAGCUUCCUUCGACAGAUGGGGGGAGAGGCAUGAAGGGUGCAUCGGCGGGAUACGACAGGGAGAACGUGGCCGGCGACGUCCAGCAGGAAGAUGUGAUGUCAGCGGGUAAUAAAAACGCGGACGAGGUUGUGAACGAUGCGCUGUUGGAGAAGCUUCGUACUUACGCGGCUAAGCCGCAGGAAGCGGGCGACGCGCUCAGGGCGAUCGCGGCCAAGAUUCACGCACGUGUCACUUCAUCAGAUCGUCGGAUACGCGAGCGCACGUUGGACAAGCUCUGGCGGAAGAAUUCCGGCGCGAUGGAAUCGUUCCUUAUGACCCUGGAGAAUUGCAAGGACAACGUUGUUAACUGCAGUAUCGCCGGUAUUGUGCACGAAUGUAUAUCGCCUCGAAUGACCAAAGGCAAAUCCAAGGAAAGAGGGAGCAAGAGUGUCACAAGAACCAGUAGCCGAAUGGCGGUCAUUCAACUGAUCAACUUGGGUAUCACGCAAGUACUAGUGAAACUUUUAAUAAAUCUGCAGCACGCAGACACGAUUACGAGCGAAAUACUCACUCAAGACAUCCUCUGGAUUUUGGGACAGGUGGCUCAAAGGGACCAGAAGUUUGUGUCAAAAAUGAAACUGCUCAACUCCGUAAAAGUGUUCCACGCGCUGUUAAAACAGCAUUACAACAAUAGCAAGAUGUUAUUGCCGCUGUUGUUGAUCAUCAAAACUCUUGCUAAAAACUCAUUUUCCUUACAAACAUUGGUAAAGGACGGCAUCGCUUGUAGUCUGGAAAAAACGUUUGUUAGUAUCGGUUAUACUCCACAUUUGAAAUUGAGGACAUUACUGGAGUGUUUCAAACAUUUAACGACCAAUAAAUUAUGUUGCGACAAAUUUGUUAAGACGGGAAUGGUGCACUUGCUGAUGCGAAUCUUUGAGAGGUGGGAGAGAUUCGAUGGACAAAUGCGCUUGAAGAUUUGUAAUUACGCUCUAAACACGCUUCAGCAUCUCUGCGUAAUAAAAGCUGGAAGAAAGGCUAUCAAGUCGAACAAUGGCCUACAGCUACUGUACCGGUUCUGCACGAAUUGCCCAGAGGAUAAAGCUUAUGACUGCCUGCUGUCGCGUAUCUGUGGGAUAAUCAAUCAGUGUCUGGAGAAGAGGGAAUUACCGGUGCCCGAAAUGUCGCCCGCGAGAUUUGUUCUGCCCGAAGUGAAUGUCAACAGGACUAACAGUGCGGAAAGCGGUAGCGAUAUCGAUAGCCAGGCAAACAGCGUGGCUUCGAUCGGCAGACACUACAGCGAUCUCGAUUCUGGGGAUGACGAGGAAAGUCACGACUCUAGAGAUGCAAUGAACAAUGAAAUUCACAUAGAUGACGAGGUAGACGAGAGCAAAUUCUUCGCCGGGAUUUUUACGUCGCAAAGAUCCGAGGAAGAUCUCGCUGGAUACCAUACGUACUUCAAAGAGUUGGGAAAUUUGCGGUCGCAGCUACACAAUUUCGUUGGGACGUCGAACGUCAAACUGAUCGAUUUUUUUCUGAUGGAGGACGAUCAGAUAAACUCGCCGUUCGCGAAGGCGGGAAAGACGAAGACCUCGAUCAAGGACUUCACGAGAUCUAACGGUACGGCGAAGAAUCAAUUGGUGAACGGCGUGCACAGUUUGAAGGUCCUGAAAGACGUGUCGGCGGGCGUCACGGAUCGGCACGCGUAUUGCGCUGUAGCGAGCAGGGUGAGAAGCGUUAUCGGUUUCGUCAAGGUCGCCUAUCCGGACCUGAUCGGUGGCGACGGUCUGGGGAAAGCCGAGCCGCUCAACACUAAGGACAGGAAGGUUUGCCGCGCGAAACUGUUGACCUGCGUGGAACGCGGCCUCCACGCCGUCACCGCCAUCCAGGAAGUUGUUUAUGAUCUCGAUGCACUCGCGCAUUCCGCCUCCCGGGGAACGUCGCUCGACGAACAGCUGUUCGACAACUGGGACGAGAAGAGGCUCGGCAAGCGUAAUUUGGAUACAAAACGGUUGCAAUUCGAGUCCCGAUUCGAAAGCGGUAAUCUCAGGAAAGCUAUUCAGAUAGGCUCACGGGAAUACGAUCUCAUUCUGACGCCGGAUGUCAACAGCGGUUCCAGACAUCAAUGGUUCUACUUCGAGGUCUCCGGUAUGGAGGCAAACGUAGCGUAUACGUUCAAUAUAAUUAACUGCGAGAAGACGAACUCGCAGUUCAAUUUCGGCAUGAAGCCGUUACUGUUCAGCGUUAUGGAGGCGCAAUGUGGUAGGCCAGGUUGGGUGAGGACCGGCGUCGAUAUUUGUUACUAUCGAAAUUGUUAUCAACGGUCCACCAGAGGGAAAACAUAUUUCACCACAUCCUUCACGGUCACCUUUCCGCACGCUUACGACGUUUGUUAUCUGGCGUAUCAUUUCCCGUACACGUACAGUCGGCUGAUGACCAACAUUUGGCAGUGGACGAAGAGCAUCUCCGCGGCGAACGUUUACUUUCGCGCGGAGACGCUCUGCGAGACUCUAAACGGCAACGAGAAUCCUGUGCUCACCAUUACGUCACCGGACUCCACGACCAAUCCUAUACAUGCACGGAAGAUAAUCUUCUUAACGUCCAGAGUACACCCCGGUGAGAGCAACGCCUCUUGGGUGAUGCAUGGAACCAUGGAGGCUCUCCUAAGCGACAGCCAGUAUGCCAACAGUUUGCGUGACGAUUAUGUGUUCAAAAUAAUUCCUAUGCUAAACAUAGAGGGAGUCGUGAACGGCUGCAACCGAUACGGUCUGACGAACGAGGACCUGAACCGACGCUGGAGCAAUCCCAAUCGGAUCUAUCAUCCGGUGAUCUAUCACACCAAGGGCCUGAUGGAAUAUUGCGCCAGGGUGCUGCAGAGGCCGCCCCACGUUUUCGUCGACUACCACGGCCACUCGCGGAGGAAGAACGUGUUUCUGUUCGGUUGUUCAAGGUCGGGUUCCUGGAGCGCCGCGGACAGGGCGAAACCGGACCAGCCGGUGCAGUAUUUGAUGUUACCGCAUCUCAUGCAGAGGACCUCGCCGGCUUUCGCUCUGCCGCUUUGCUCCUUCAAGGUCGAAAGGAACAAGGAAUCCACCGCCAGGGUCGCUGUAUGGCGGCAGUUGGGUGUUCCGAGAAGCUACACGAUGGAAAGCAGUUUUUGUGGAUGCGAUCAAGGCGCAUUGACGGGACUACAUCUCGACACAGAACACCUCAAAGCCAUUGGGAGAGAUUUCUGUCAAGCUUUAUAUAUGAUGACGGAUGACGGUGACGAUUGGGCUAUUGGAAAAAUUUCUGAGGGAAACGAUAUUACCGCAGAAUUGGGAUGCAUGGACAACGAUGUAUCUUGCAGUAGUGAAGCCAAUGAUUCCGAUUUCGAGACUUAAGGGACUGCACUCUAGUCAAGUAUCAGAACAGCUAUUUCAAUAAUAAAUAAAAUUCAUUACGAAUACUUACUCUCCUGCACUUUCGAAUUUUAAACAUAACACAAAUUAUUUUCAUUCUGAAUAAAAUGACACAGUACAAACUAGUGCUUUACAAAGACAGAUAUCUCAAAAACAAUAUUUAUUUAAACAUUGUUAACAAACAUUUAAAGCUAUUCUCUAUAAAAACACUUUACAUAUUGUAAAGUCUAUUUGUACAUAUCUCGAAAAUCAAUAUUUUGCUUAAAUUCCGUGGUAAACGAGAUUAUGUUUGCUAUAGAUUUAACAUGCGAGACUACUUAACAACUUAACAACUAUUUAAGUUAGUAUGACCGCGUACAGUUAUUUAGCUCGAAAACAAUGACAUCUAGAAAACUUUGUAUAUUUUUGGGAAAUUUGAAUAAUCUCUAAAAGAAAGCAGGUUCAGAGAAUACGAAAAAUAAGGGAGCUGUAUCAUUCCUUAAUACGAUACCUCGCUCUAUACUUUGUACUCAUAAUGAAUGAUAAUAUAAAUAUAGAAAAUAAAUGUUAACGAGUGGUAA